AUGUAUCGCUCUAUUGGGCGGGGCGCACUUGCGCGCCCAUUGUCAGCUCUGGAGACCGUCGACAAUAAUGUUGGUAACGUUGAACGCUUGUUAAGAUCGAUCCAUUCCUUCUUUCAGAAUCCAACGAUACAAUGGACAGCAAACACGUCUCCAAAACCGGUCUCCUCGCCCGCAACGACAUCUCCAAUCGCUCCGAGCUCUUUCUGCUCCACAUCCACGUGGAUUGCAGGACGCGCGCCAAGAGAAAAGCCUCGAAUGCUCUUCCGGAAGGCAUUUUUCUCGAAGUCGCUCGCAGAUUCGCCCUCAAGAAUCAGGACGGCUAUCUGGAGAGGAUGGAGUGGAAGUCUGAGACGUUUGUAGGCUUGGAGCCUGAGCCCGUGGUCGAGUACGUUUCUAAAUAA